CCGCCUAAAACCAGAAAAAUCUAGAGUCCAAACGGGGGUGAAAAAUGGCUCCUCGAAGCCAGAUUUCUUUGCUUUCUACCUUGUUUUGUAGUAUAGCAUUCUUCACUUCCAGAGCAGAAGGACAGACUGGUGCUGAGCCACAAGUGACUAUCGCACUUGGACGGCUCAAAGGGAGACAAACAAAUGUGAAGGGGACAGACAGACUUGUAAACGUUUUCCUUGGGAUUCCUUUUGCAAAAGCACCUGUUGGAUCCUUGAGGUUUUCCCCACCUGAACCACCUGAACCCUGGAAUGAUCUGAGAGAUGCAACUUCUUACCCACCACUAUGUCCUCAAGAUCUGUCCAUGUUGAAAACAGCUGAAAAAAAUUUUAAAGAAAAACACCUUCCAUUCCAAACUUCUGAGGACUGUUUGUAUCUAAAUGUUUACAGCCCUGCUGGUUCAAACAAGAAGGACAAGUUACCUGUAAUGGUGUGGAUCCAUGGAGGCAAUUUUAUAUUUGGUGGUGCUUCUAGGUAUGAUGGUUCUGCACUAUCAGCCUACGAGAAUAUUGUGGUAGUAAUAAUUCAGUACAGACUUGGACUCCUUGGAUUCCUCAAUACUGGUGAUCAACACGCUCGUGGGAACUGGGCAUUUUUGGAUCAAGUUGCAGCUCUUCGGUGGAUCCAAGAAAAUAUUGAACACUUUGGUGGAGAUCCAGGAUCUGUCACACUCUUUGGUGUAUCUGCAGGAUCUUGCUCUGUUUUUGCACAUGUUUUAUCUCCUUUGUCUAAGGGUCUCUUUCAUAAAGCAAUAUCAGAGAGUGGAAUUCUAAUCCCCCCUGAUAAAGAUUUACUUCUUUCAACAGACCUUAAGAAAAUUGCAAGUAUAUUUAAGUGUGAGACGAGCAGUUCACUCUCACUGAUAAACUGCUUAAGGAACCAGGAAGCAAAGGAUAUAGUCUUUAACAGUAUGGAAAUCCCAUUUCUACCAUUAGUUUUGGAUGGAGUAUUUCUUCAUAAGUCACCUGAAGAGAUAUUGGCUGGAAAAGAAUUUAAUGCAGUCCCGUUUAUGAUAGGAGUCACCAACAAUGAAUUUGGCUGGAAUAUUAGAUCUACAUCAAAAAUACGAGGUUUGAAGGAAAUAGGAGAUAAAAAAUCAAUCACUUCAACUUUAGAGUUUUUACUACCAAUGAUGGAUGUACCAUCAGAGGUUCUGCCUGCGAUAGUGGAUGAAUAUCUAGGAAACACAGAUGAUCCUGCUGAGCUACGGGACCUAUUUCUGGACUUGCUAGGGGAUGUAGCAAUUGUCAUGCCAUCCAUUAAAGCAUUGAAUUAUCACAGAGAGUCUGGGGCUCCUGCCUACUUCUUUGAAUAUCAGCAUCGACCCACUUCAUACUGGGAUAGUAAACCAGAGUAUGUGAAAGCUGAUCAUGGAGAUGAAGUUGGCUUUGUCUUUGGAGGACCGUAUCUGGCCGGUGAUAUUCAGCUACGUAGUGAAGUUACAGAGGAAGAAAAGAACCUUAGUAGAACUCUAAUGAAGUACUGGGCUAACUUUGCUCGAAAUGGAAAUCCUAAUGGGGAAGGCUUGGUUGACUGGCCAUCUUAUAACCUAAACGAAGAAUACUUACAGAUAAAUCUAAAACAAAAGAAAGCCAGAAAGUUGAAAGAAAAGAAGGUAGACUUCUGGAGAAAGGUGAUGUUUGAAAAGACAAAUAACAAAAGAACAGAAAACAAGAAGGUUAAUUCAGAGUUAUAAUUUACAGUCUAAACAUGC